AUGAUUUCCGGCCCAGCAACCAUUCCAGCCCCAGGCGAAAGUGAUCCAAACCCUGCAGUGACUGUGGCUGAGCUUCGCUUCAACACGCCUUUCCAAGCGGCGAACAUUCGAUACCAGGCAAAUCAAGCACAUCACCAUAAUCAAUCCCCCGCCUCUCACAUAUCUUCACACCCUCAGAACCCUAACGAUUUUCCGCAAGACCCCGAAGCAACCUCCAAGCGUGCCUCUCUCUCACAGCUUCUCAACCCAAACAACUACUCCCGACAACGUGCCUAUUCAGGCCCCAAUUCCGCGUCCCCCACCGACAGCCAAAGAGCAAACUUCAAUCCCUCUGGCCUCAUCCGCAAGACAUCCCUCCGGGCAUCGCGCUUUGCCCGCCAGAACCAAUUCGGCCACUCUCAUCGACGCCGCAGUACGAGUACUAGCAGCGGUGGCGCAGACUCGGAUGAAGACCGAAUGGAUUUAUCUCUGGCCCGUGAAUUAGCUGGAGGAGGACUCAGAGGAAAGAGCGCUAAAUUGGGCAAAUUGGUUAUUGAAGAUGAAGGAUUCAAAAUGUUGGAUCUAGUGGUUGCGGCUUGUAUGGCCGUUUGGUGGCGCGGUUACUAUCAUUGA